UUCUUCAAGUUAUGCAGUGUUUCUAAAAACAUUUUAAGCAACGUGCUGAGACAUUCCCUUGCCUUUCUCUCCCUCCAUAUAAGUUCCUAUUUCUUCCCAGAGAUACCCCUUUAAAUAACAGACAGCAGCUGCAGAGGAGCAGCAAGUGGUCUGACUGCUCACGUAGGCAACAUUCAUGGUCCCAGAACUCCAGUUUUCAGAGCCAAGCGGAUGUUGCCUUCCUGUGUGUUUUAUUGACAGAGAGUGGCUUGAUGGCGAUAUAUUUUGGCUUAGAUGUGUGCAGUGAGAUGUAAGCUGAUGCCCACAUCCAAAAUAAAAUACCCGUGAGACUUCUCUUGCAUUCCUUUAUCUGUACUUUCUUGUACAAAAGGGCGAUUGUCCGGGAUCAGUCAGGUGUUCAGGAAAGAUCAAGCGCUUUCUGAGUGAGCCCAUUAAAAAAUGGCCCUGAGCAGCUAACUAACUUGAGCUGUGUACACACCAUACAUUUAAAACACCUCCCCCCAAAAUCCUGAGAGCUGUAGUUCCCAGCACCUUUAAACUACAACUCCCAGGAUUGUUGUUGUUGUUUUUGCCAGGAGGCGGGGAAUGUGCUUUAUAUGUAUGGUGGAUACACAGCUCUAUUGAUGAUAUUUGAGAGUCUCUUCCCUCUCUGUCAUCUUUUCCCUGCUCUCCAUCAACUGAUACCUUCUUCCUUUUAUGUCAAGCGGGAGAAGGAAAUCCCAAUUUCCUACUGGAUAUGUUUUCUCUCAGGCGUUUUUUGAAUCUUAGCAUGGGGGGGGGGAAAUAAAAUGAUGUAAGUUUUAUUUAUUUUAUUUUUCUCCUCCCAGCUCAAAUGUCUGUAAACAUGCAAAGUGUUCCCAUUCUGUUCCCAUCUCUCUUGUAAGCAUUGCCCUUGUACCCUGCUUUUCUGUCAACACCUGCUGGCAAGCUGAACCAAACGUUCUCCGCUGCUGCCAGUCGCCUCCGAAGACCCCAAGGCUGCUUUGCACGAGUUUACUGUCGGACUGCUAAACAUCACCAAUGCACAUUAAAUAUGCAUCUGAAGACGGAAGGAAUCUCGUUUAGGAUUCAGAUCAGCGCAAAAGGACCUUUGGGCACAGAUAUAUUGUUGAAGCUGUUGUUUCAUUUGCCGAUUGGUUACCCAUCAAGCCUGCCGAAUAUCUCUGUUAGCUCUGAGCAGCUUACAAGGACGCAGUGUGCGGCCGUGAAAAGGAGAUUACUCGAGGAAGCAAAGAGGCAUUUUUCACAGCCCAUGGUACACGAGUUGAUUCUCUGGAUACAGCAGAAUCUUAAGCAUGCUGUCGAGCAAGCUGAAACUUCAGUCUGCAGCGGGGAAAGUACUCUAUCAACAGACGGACCUGAGGAGGAUGGUGUCUGGAUUGCCCUUCUGCGUUUAGAUCAUAUGAGAGCAAAGGGAAAAUAUGUCAAAACAGUAGAAAAGUGGUGUGCAGAUCUAAAGUUGACUGGAAGACUGAUGUUCAUGGGCAAGAUGAUUCUGAUUCUUCUUCAAGGAGACAGAAGGAGCAUUAAGGAAUAUCUUCUUCUUCAGAAAACCAGCAAGGUGGAUGUGGAUUCGAGCGGAAAGAAGUGUAAAGAGAAAAUGAUUAGCGUUCUUUCAGAAACAAAAGCUCAGGCAGCACACAGAAGGUUUCAGGCAUUUGAAGUCAAAGAGUACUCAACGCUGGGUGAGCUGCAAAAUGAAUUCAAGGCUGCGGGCCUGGCAGAACUGUUCAGCGAGUUUGUGCUGGCUCGCUUGAAGUAAUUCUGAAGCAGGCACAUGUGGCUGAGACUAAAACUGUCAUUGAACGUAUCAAAUGGAUGCCGAGAGAAGGUAAAAUGAAAGGUUUUGGUGGAGGACAGCUCUGAAGUGUCUCUUGCAAAAUGUCAGGAAAAAACUGUCUCCUUGCUAAGUUCUCCUCACGCUCAGAACAGGUGAUGUUUUUGAUUGUGACAACUCUUUGCUGGAACACUUUGCGUAUUAAUGAUAUUUAAGAACCAUAGGUCAGAUGGGAAGCAUGGGCGGCACAGAAAUCACCCUAUUCUUUGGGAUCAGGGUAGAUUGUUCCUCCUUUCUCUUAUAAUUAAAUGAUCUUUUAGAAUAA